GCCGGCGGCGCCUUCCCAGACUCCUCUCCGGGUAAACAACGAUGGCCGCAGAUGAAGGAGGCGGAGAACAGGAUAACAACAUGGGGAACCACUUGCAGCUCAUUCCCGCAGAGAGUGAGGAAGAAGAUGAUGUUGAAAUGGAAGUGGAAGAUCAAGACACCAAGGAGGCAGAAAAGCCAAGCACCAUUAAUUUUGAUACCAGUCUGCCGACUUCACAUGUGUAUCUAGGAUCAGAUAUGGAAGAAUUUCAUGGAAGGACUGUCCAUGAUGAUGACAGUUGUCAAACGAUUCCAGUCUUACCCCACGUGAUGGUAAUGUUGAUUCCUGGACAAACAUUGCCUCUUCAGCUCUUCCGUCCCCAAGAGGUUAGCAUGGUGCGGAACUUAAUACAGAAGGACAGAACUUUUGCUGUUCUUGCUUACAGCAAUAUACUUGAAAGAGAAGCACAUUUUGGAACAACAGCUGAAAUUUAUGCCUAUCGAGAAGAAGUGGAUUAUGGAAUUGAAACAGUUAAAGUAAAAGCAGUGGGAAGACAGAGGUUUAAAGUGCUUGAAAUAAGAACUCAAGCAGAUGGAAUACAGCAGGCAAAAGUACAAAUCCUUCCUGAGCGAGUGCUGCCUUCAACUAUGUCAGCAGUACAGCUGGAGUCUCACAGCAGAUGCCACAUAUUUCCUUCUUCCAAGCCUGCAGCAUGGCAGGAUCAACAUAUACAUCAAUGGCGGCAAAAAUAUCAGAAGCGCAAGUUUCACUGUGCUAGCCUGACUUCCUGGCCAUCUUGGCUGUAUUCAUUAUAUGAUGCUGAAACCUUGAUGGAACGAGUCAAGCAGCAGCUACAUGAGUGGGAUGAAAAUCUUAAAGAUGAAUCGCUACCAUCAAAUCCGAUAGAUUUUUCAUACAGAGUCGCAGCUUGUCUGCCCAUUGAUGACAUUUUGCGAAUUCAACUACUUAAAAUUGGUAGUGCUGUUCAGCGACUGCGAUGUGAACUAGAUAUUAUGAACAAAUGUACAUCUCUCUGUUGUAAACACUGCCAGGACACAGAAAUAACUACUAAAAAUGAAAUAUUCAGUUUAUCCUUGUGUGGACCUAUGGCUGCAUAUGUGAAUCCUCAUGGAUACGUGCAUGAGACCCUUACAGUGUACAAAGCCUGCAACCUGAAUCUAAGUGGCAGAUCUUCCACAGAACACAGCUGGUUUCCUGGGUAUGCAUGGACUAUAGCCCAGUGUAGGAUCUGUGGAAGCCACAUGGGUUGGAAAUUUACUUCAACAAAGAAGGACAUGUCACCUCAAAAAUUCUGGGGAUUGACCCGUUCUGCCCUGCUGCCAAGAAUUCCAGAAAAAGAAAAUGAAUCUGGUCAAAGAUCAUUACUGCUUUGCCUGUGACCUGGUAACCUUACUUGGGAUGAACUAGAAGCAGUUGGUGUCGCUUAAAGAAAUGUUAAAGUGCUGCAUUCAAUGUCUGAUUAUAUUAAAAGAUCAGUAUAUUUGAGCUUCAUGCAGAUAUAUGAAGCUCCAAAGGCCCUGAAAAGUUUCAUAUUUUGGAAGAAGACACACGAAAUGUGAAGUUUGGGAAAAGCAGAAGGUCUUAGAACCUAGCACACACUGAAUCAGACACCUCCAAAUUUCAGUGCCCUGUAAUGAUGUAAGAAGACACAUAUUAUUGAGGAGAUGAAACUGUUAGUAGGAAUGAAGACUGUGAAUCUACUUGUGUACCAUGAUAGACAUAACCUUUUGCCCACAAUUUUUAAGGUAUUUACUGUAGAAUGUUGUGCAUUUAUAAGAGUCAUUUUUCUAAUUGUAUAAAACAGCUUACAGAUAUUAGUGUUUGCUUGAAUAAGCCUUAAAAGAGAAUGAGGCCUAAACUUCCUGUAGGAGCUCCUGAGGCGGAUGAGAUCCCAGCUGUGGGGCUCUUGUUGGUGAAAGUAAGCAUGGCAGCCUGCUGCUAAAAGAACAAUUAUAUGCAAUUCCUUUGUAAAGAAUCCUAUAAAACUAUUUGGUCCCUAUUUUAUCCUUUCUACUGGAUUUUACUUGUCAUAGUCUGAUUUUUUUUAAAUGGACAUGUAGGUUAUUCAUACAUGCCCACAGCACCAUGAUAAAGUACUUUAUUGUAUUCAUGAAUAUUUUUAGUACAUUUCAGUCAAUCAUAUUUGCAGUUGAUCUUUUAAAUCUUCUCAAACUUUCUGUAACUUUUCACAUGCCUAAGAUUCUAUGGAAUCCUUGGCAAUCUGUAUACUUAGCACUGGAAAGUAGCAGCCAUCAUAGUAGUCCAUGUAACUCCUGUCAUAAGUUGAUAGGCUAUGGCACAAUUAUCACAUUUUCUUCAAUGCUGCUUGUUGGAGCAGGUUGCUUUUUAGGAGCCAUUGUGUAUGCUAUGGAAGGAAAUGGGUGCCAUAAAAAGGCAUAAAAGAUUGCUGAAAAGUUUUAUGGAUUUUGUAAAUACCUGUUGAGAGGUGACAUUAAAGUAACAGGCACCUAACUUUAGUGGGGUGACCAUCACUUCUGUUACUCUUCAGCUGAAUGUUUUUUUUGCAGGCAAUAAGUGGUAUUAGACACAGAAAGGAUGUUAGGAGUUCCUAAUACAUUAGAUAACCAGGAAGAAGUGACUGUCUGAUUCAGGGUUAGCGCUUGAAAUUUUCUACCUCUGUGGUACUAUUGUUUAAUUUUUCAUCCCAGUCGCAAGUAAACUAUACCUUUAUUUUGUGCUGUGUAGCACUGUCUCUCCACUGAGCUGUAAGCAAUACUGGCUGACGCCUGAGUUUGAACAAAGUGAGAUUUGGGUUGUUUUGGUAGAAAACAUUUUAGGUCAUCGCUUGUUUUCUAUAAAAGAAGCUUACAAUAUAAAAGCACUCUUGUAUGAGCACAGGAUUGUGGCAAUUUGCUUGUAUUAAACUGAUUUGGGAAACUAGAGAACUUUUUCUGUGAUGAAGUAUUGUGGUUUCAGUUGUUGAAGGGGAUUACCAUCUGGUAUUUUCAUUGCCCUUCAUGUUGAACUACUGUGGGGCAUGACUACAGGAUAAACUGGUAUAUGGCUAAGGGGGUGGUUUUUAGCUAUGGUAUAAAUGCUUGAUCCAUAUAUGUUAAAAUUGUAUCCUUUAAUCUCUUGUGUGAUGAAGGUUCUCUGUAGUUAGUGUGCAAUCACAGGGCUUUAUUGUCUUCUGUGUGUGAUAAGAACAGGAAGAGGUCAAAGGCUCACAUGAAUCUUUUCUCUGCAAUGUGUAAAGGCAAUGGUUGCAUCGGAAAUAGCAUCUUUUAAAAGAUGCAUCUCUUCCCUGCAUCUUCACCAUCAAACCUUUCUGUCUGGCACAAUACCACAGGAUUGGGGAGGCCCUGCCUUUUAAAAUGGGUUCAUUUACUUUCUAUGCACGCGGGGUAUGGCAUGCCUGUAAAGACCUAUUCCUGAACUUACACUGCAGAGAGGUAGGUGGGAGGAGAGGGUCUAGACACUCGUUGUAUUCCUGUCAGUUCUGGUUUUGUGCAGAUUCCUUUGCAACAAAUGGAGGUUGAUUACUUGUUCCCAAGAUGUUUUGCUAGGUCUGUUUUGAACCGGCUUCAACCGAAAACAAAAUAGGUGGCUGUACUGACAAGUUUGAAUGCCUAUUUUUGAUAUGGUGUAAAUUUGUGUAAACAUAAUUGGAAAACCAAUAUAAUCAAGUGAAGUCAGCAAGAAGGAAGUGCUGCGCCAAGUUGAUUUAAAUGAAAUUUCAUGUUGACUAUUGUUUCCCUUUCUGCCCCUGUUUGUGUAAUGGCUUCCAGAUUACCAAGGCCGUAACAAUUUCUAACGUCAAAACUAGAGUGAUUUCAAGUAAUUGCAAAGAGAAUAUAUCCUACUGUUGCGCCACUGGCAAUUGUGCCCUCAACGAAGAAUUCUUCAUGUAGAGGAUAUGCUUUCUAGUUCCUAUAUAAAAUCAUUAGUGCUUCUGUUUGUUGGUUCAGUUUUUCUGUGAAUCUAUACUAUGGGGUUUACUUCCAACAGUAGAGAAAAAGGUAACACUCCACAGUUUAAAGUGAAUAAUUGAGUGUUUAAACAAAUAAUAAAGUGCUGACAUUAAGUUUAUCACAAA